AGGAUGACCAGCGAAGAAGAGAUUGUUCAUCGGAUGAGGGCACUUCGGCAGAGGAAGGGGCGAGCUGGUGCACAGUGGGUGGCUGGGCCCGAGGCAUCGGACCAGCCAUGAUCUGCAAGUAGGGUGGCCCAUCGACAUAGGAGAGUUUGGCAGCAGGAGGCCGAGGAGGACGAUGUUGUCGUAGUUGACCCUGAAGGGGUUUGUCGUCCUAUGGGUGCGUCGGGAACAGAAAUGGGCGGGAGCAGCUCGGGCUUGCACAUGCCGCGGUGGUCGGUUCAUGUUGACGAUAACUUGGAGAGGUCUGGGGUUCCCGAGCAGUUGCUACGAGAGAUUAUGACUAUGUCAAUGUUUCAGGAGUCGGUCGGGGUCGGUAGUGGAACCUUAGAGUGCGCGCUUCUAUGGUCUGCUACCCAGAAUGCUUGUACAGCAGUCAUGUUGGUCGACCAUCUCCGAGACCUUCAAUCGUUAUACGAGCAACAAUACUCCGAGUAUCUACGACAGAAGGCCCAGCCGACUGAACUUCAAGUUGUCGGGGAGCGGUCGGUCGUGCUAGAGAGGGAGGUGGCUGAGCAGGCCAGCAUUGUCCAGAGGCUGAAGCAAGAGAUCACUGAGCUUAAGGCGGAGCAGGAGAGGUUGAGGCAGGAGGCUGCUGAAGAGGUCGUUGACCGGUACAAGGCGUCGGAAGAAAUGAAGCUACAAAUGGACGAGUAUGCCAAGGCCUCCUUUGAGGCUGGAUUUAACGUCUUCCACCAAAGGGUCCUUCGCCACUACCCGGAGCUGAUCGAGGUGUUGCAAGGCUAGAGAGCUUAUGAUCCAAACACUCCCCCAGGUUCCGCCGAGGAUGCCGGCGAGGAGGCCGGGGACGAGGUUGAUGCUAGUGAAGGGGCUACUGACUCUGCUACCGAGGAUUGAUCGGCCAUUUCUUUCAAGUUGUGCUUUUUCUUUGUGUUGGGUUCUCUCCUCUUUUUUCUGUAUCAGAUAGGUAUGCUGAGCCUUAAACGAUG